AUGUCAACAACUUCUACUCAGGCUACUCAAACAACACAAUCAGAACAACAACCACUUCACACAGAUGAUACAGAGUUAACCACUGCUCAAGAUUCAGAAUCUCAAACACCUAUUACUCGUACUGUGAUCAUAGCUUUAGAUCACUCAAGUAAUAGUCAGCAAGCAUUCGAUUGGUCUUUAAAAAACUUUUUAAGAAAAGAAACUGAUUUGGUUGUGUUAGUUAAUGUUCGACAAAUUCCUACAGUUCCUGUACCUUAUGCUGCAAUUGGUGCAAGCUAUAUGGAUUUCAAUGAAGUUGUAACUAGCCUAGAAGAACAACAUCGUAUUAAUAGUCAUACAUUGUUACAAGAAUAUGCUGCUAAAUUAAAGAGUCACAAUUUUGCAUGUAAAGCUAUAGCAAUGAGAGGAGACGCAAGAGAUGAGAUUGUACGUAAGGUUGGUGAAUUGAAUGCUGAGGCUUUAAUAUUGGGUAGUCGUGGAUUAGUUCUUGACGGUCCUCGUGGUGGCGGCGUUGCCAAACAUUUGUAUUUCGACUUGAAUGUCCAUUGUCCUUAUGCUGGUAGUGGUAGUGUUCUAGAUAAAAUUGAUAUCAUCUCUGGCACGCUUAGUAAAACAUUUGCUAAUAUAUUGCAGCUUCGGCAAUUGAAAGAAUGUCUUGCUCAAUUGAAUAUUCCUGUUGCGCCAAACCCUUCUCACAUUGUACCUAUAUUGGUUGGCGAAGAGGCCGAAACUUCUAAAAUUGCAUCUGACCAAUUAUUGAUUGA